AUGGACACUCCCCGAUACUCUCCAGAAUCCACAUCAGCGAGCCAAAGUGACUACCCGACGCUGUUUCCGAACCCCAAGCGGCGCCGCCUAGCUCCUCUUUCCCAGCCCGAUAGCCAGACAAGUGAGGUGGACUCCGUGGACUUGACGGAAUUGGACGAUGUGUCGGAAGUCUCGAGAACUCAGGCGAAACAGCGGGCAGAUGCUAUUCUCGCUCAACAGUCACUCGAACACAAAGACAACGAGUCGUCCUUCGCCGCCUAUAAGUGUCCUGUAUGUAUGGACACACCCGUGGAUGCUACCAGCACUGUGUGUGGACAUCUGUUCUGUCACAAAUGCAUUAUAGAUACGAUAAAAUUCAGCGAGGAACGGUCAGACUCCACUAAUAAAGCGCCAAAGGGCACAUGCCCAGUAUGUCGAAAGCCGUUGUCGAGAAAUGAUGUUGCAGGUCCAAAACGACAUUUGAUUCCUCUGCAAAUCAAACUGCUUCGGCGCAAGAGAAGGGAAGGGGAUAACGCACCUGCGUGA